UUUUCAAUGCUGUUACAUUCGCCUCCCUCUUUGUCCACGACAAAAGAGAACGCUUCCAGAUUUCUCGGAGCAAGGCGAGGGACUUUAGAUCGACGAUCUACCUUGACAUAUCUACCAUAUUCCUCUUGACUCUCGAUUUUGUGAGGGCUGUGGUUGUUAUUUGUGUAAGUUUAACCGCUGUUUCGUCAUUGGUAUGGCGCAGUGAUGACAAUCAGAGGAACUGAAGCUGCAGGCGGUCAGGCCUAGCUGAGAAGCGAGCUAACGUUAGCGUACUUUCAUAUUUUCCUCAACUUUAAGUUCCUCCUCGGGUUUUUUAGAGUGUGAAACUGCUCUCGGAUUGUUUUUAUCGUCAUCUUGUUCUGAUAUGUCCUGCUACGGCGUGCAUUUACGUUUCUAUCUUGUUCUGCGGACUUCAGCUUUGACUUUAUGACUGAUAGCCAGCAUAUGGAGAUGUAAUAUUAUCUGGUUUCGUGUGCUGGUAUUGGUUGAUGAGUUCGGUGCAUUUUUCCACACUACAGGGUGAAAUGUGCCAUUUUCGAGUUUUCCUGUAAUAUUGGACUAUGAACUGGCUGUAUACGCCCAUCCGCAGAACGUGCACAUUGUUAGAUGAAUGAUGACGCGGUGGCUCGGUAACUGUAGCUUCUUUGUUGAUGUGGCUUUUCUGAUAUCUGAGUUUUAAACCAUUAACCUGAAUCUUUCAUAUUUGGAACUUUAUUGAAUAACCAUUUUCAGACGAUGCACCUGCUCUUCUAAGUAAAAUUGAUGUAACUUGCUUUAAUAUGAUACACGCACAAUGGUUCAGUUAGUGGCGAGUUUCAUAAAAGAAAUACAAUGGAUACAAGGACUAUUCUGGGAAUCCAGCAAAGUUUAUUGUUGGUGAAUGGAGAACUUUGAUACCACCGGUGAUAAAUCCAAAGGAAGGGAAUGGAGGAGCCUGGAAAAUGGAUAGAUUAUUCUUUUAUUGACUUGAAAGAAAUCUCUGGUAAAUGAAAUUGGAAACGGAAUGUACACCAUGGAAAUGCCAGAAAUGUCAACUGUAAAACUUUAAUUACCUGCUUUAUAAACCAGCAAUUAUCUGAUUAAAAAAGAAUUGGAUGGCUAAGUUAUUUAGCCUGUGGCAUGGGAUAUUACUUGAUAAGCUAUGCAAUAAUGUAACUUACUGGAGGUCCAGUAAGUUGUAUAAACAUGCACCAAUUAUUCGACUAUUGCUAGAAUUGGCAUGUCUCCGAUGGAUGCGAGUUCUUAUUUUUAGUAACUGCUACUUCUACUUCUACUCAGUUUAAUUUUUCUUUUCCAUUUUUCUAAUUUUUUUUUUUUCACCAAUAUGUGAUCUUGUCACCAGGUCUAUCAUGUUUCUAUUUUUUUGUGGCACAGUUUCACUUGAUCUCUAUCAAGCGAUUCAUAAAUUAAAGAGGUUUAAUGAUCAUGAAAUUUGUCAUCUAGCUAAAUGACGUGUGCUACAUGUAAAUGUAAAUCUAAUGGACAUUUUAGAUGGUUAAUCUCACCAUAAUUUAAUGAGUUAUCAAUUUAAUUUUGAGCUGAAAUUAACUUUCAAUUAAUGAUUGACUUGGUUCUCACAAGGGGAAUUAUUAAAGAUCCACUUACAAGCUGGUUUAGUUUAAUCAGUCAAUAAAUGCCUUACAAUUAUCUUACUUGUUACUCAAUUAUCUGCAUUAUCUUACAAUACGAACCCCAAAAUUUGUUAAAGCACUUGUGCUUAAUUUUCUCUCUAAUUGUAAAUUUUGGCCAUGAGGCAGUAUUAAAAUGACUCAACCUGUGAUGAGAUUAUCAACUUUUUAAUACAGCAUGCAUAAUAUUUUCUGGAUGCUAUUCGCAUUUUGUGUGAAACAACCAGGAUGCCUUAGACACACUGUUUUUAUGCCUAUUUAGAUCCUGAACAUAAAAGGCUGACAUAAUGACCUUCCUAAUCACUGUAAUAGCACGUGUUCUCUCUGAAUGGACCUUUUUUGUUGUGUCAAACCUGCUUAGACAAAGAGAGACUGGCCUGUUGAACCUGCAUUGUACUACACCUCUGGGAAAAUAACACUGCUCAGAGCUCACGUGGAAUCUAUACAGUAAUGUCUCUGCAGUCUGAGAUAAAGUGCCGUUGUUUGUUCUUCAUCAUGGCGGUCGUCAUCCGUUUACAGGGACUGAGUGUCACGGCAGGUUCUGUGGAUAUUCGCAGGUUCUUCACUGGCCUUCAUAUUCCAGAUGGAGGCGUGCAUAUAAUUGGUGGAGAUCUAGAUGAAGCUUUCAUUAUCUUUGCUUCAGAUGAAGAUGCCAGAAGAGCCAUGGCACGGUCAGGUGGAUUCAUAAAUGGGUCACCUGUAAGAUUGCUACUAAGCAGCAAGCAAGAGAUGCAGAAUGUACUUGAAAGAACAACGCAAAAGGUGGAGCUGGAUGAGACUAGGCGGUCUGAGGGUGAUGGAAGAACUGCUCAAAGAUCCAUGGACUCGGAGGUGGGCAGAAGAUCAAGUAGCCGAUCUGGUUAUAGCCCUCCUCCCCAUCACCAACAACUGGCAGACACCGAUGACCCCUAUGUUGUGUUUCUCAACGGUUUGCCUUUCUCUGUGACUGAGAGAGAAAUACGUGAAUUUUUUCAUGAUUUACUCAUUGAUGAAAUUGUUGUGUGUAAAAAAGACACAGGGCAAAACAAUGGAAAAGGCUUUGCUAGAUUUGCAACAAAGGAGGAUGCAUUGGAAGCCUUGAAGAGGGAUGGGAAAUAUAUUGGGUCAAGGUAUAUCGAUGUUCGCACAACAACAGCCGACUAUUGGAUACGAGCUGGUGGUAGCAUGCCAGCAGCUGUCAAGAUGACUGAGAACUUUGAAAGGGGAAGAGCACCUGUUCGCAAUCAGAGAAACCCCCAGUAUGAAGCAAGGUCUCGAUCGCCUGUGUCCCAGAGACCUGUUGCUCCUACAGAAGAAGAAUACUGUGUGCUGUUGGACAAUCUGUCUUUUUCAGUGGAAAAAGGUGACUUGAAGUACCUUUUUCAGAACUCAAAGCUUGAGAAUGACCAGAUUCUGUUUCUAACUGAUGAUUAUGGCAGAAGAACCAGGUCGGCCUUUGUACUCUUCAAGAACAUACGUGACUAUUGUGAUGCUAUAAGUCAGGAGAAAAGACAUUUUCACAACCGAUGGAUUCAUAUCCGGCCUGUCUCAAGAGAGAACAUGCUCAGGCUUCUGGAAUCUCAGAAUGACCCUACUGGGCCUCCAGGAAACUCUGAAAGGCAUCAAGAAAGAUCCUCGUCUUUCUCAACAGAUCCUUAUGACUCUGAGAAAAUCUGUGCGUUUGUGAGAAAUCUGCCAUUUGAUGUGAGAAAGGUUGAGAUAAUUGACUUUUUUCAUGGGUUUAAUGUCACAGAGGACAGGGUACGGGUUCUGCAUGAUCAUAAAGGUAAUGGGGUUGGACAGGCUCUGGUUCUGUUUGGGUCUGAGGCAGAGGCCAUGGAGGCACUUUCUCUAAAUGGACGACGGUUUCUGGGAUCUGAAGUUGGAGUGAAGUGUGUCACACGUGCUCAGAUGGAUCAGUUGACUGCUGAGCCACCAUCAAUGCAAGAGGUCUUGCCAAAAGAGGGGCACUUCUCAGGCAGGAACAAUGAGCCUUUCUCUGGACCUAGUGGUGACACUUCAUUCCUUGAUACAAGGAAACCCAGGGAUGGUAAUUUGUCUAUUAAAGAGGAACGCAUCCAUGGAGGUCAGGACUAUGGAUAUCGUGGGGUAAGACCUCGUUCUCCACGGGAUAGGGGCAGUGGAGGACAUGGGAGGUUUGGUUCACCUGGUCAACGCUAUGAUGGUCCCACCUGUGUGCAGUUGAUUAACUUACCAUUCCAAAUUAGAAGUGAGGAAGUCUAUGAUUUCUGUUAUGGCUAUCGCAUCAUACCUGGAUCUGUCUCACUUCAGUAUGAGCCCAGCGGAAAACCGAAAGGCUCUGCCACUUUGGUGUUCGAGUCUCGUCAGGAAGCUUUAACUGCAAUUGAGGAACUGAAUGGGAGGCCGAUUGGUCCAAGAAAAAUACAGCUUUUACUUGUUUGAAAUACAUUUGUGGGUUCACAUUUAAAGUAACAGGCAUAACGUUUAGUUUGUUUAUUUGGAAAGCUGGCAAUGUGGUAUAUAGCUCUUGUAUGAUUUCCUUUUCUUAAGUGCAUUUUUAUGUUUACAAGGAAGUAUUUGUUGAGUUUAUUUUGGGUUUUCUAUUGAAUGGUUGGUGGUUUUCUUUUCAAAAAGUACUUCAGUAAGUUUUAAAACACAAUUUGGAACAUGUACAUGUCAUGCAUUGUUUUUAAAAUUAAAAACAAUUGAUUCAGUCAUUUGUCAUUUUCUUCCUAAUCUGUUUACUUGAAGGUAAAAAUCUAAAUAAAUGUUAUCUAGAGGUAGCUCAAUGACAAAUUUAAAAUCGCUUUUGUCUAGCUUGCUAGUUGACCAAUUAGAUCAGGUUAGGAUAUCUAUUUUGGUGUUAGUUGAAUGAGGGCAUUGUCUUCUGCAGUCUCCUUUACAUCACUUGAAUGUAUCUUUUUGGAUAGUACUAAGAGUCACUUAUUUCUAGCCAAGUUGGUCUCAAACUGCCUGAGUUGAGUAAAUGUAUUGCAUAAGUGCAUUUUUCUCAAGGUAAAAAAAAAGCAUGGAUAAAUAGAAAAACUAUUACGGUUAGAAUUGCAUGGCUGGAAAAGUGUAAUGUGAAAAUAUCAUUUAUGAUCCAAAUAAAAAUUAAAGGAGUUGGA